UUUACGCCGCAGAGUCUGCCCACACACUGUCUGUCUGGCCCAUCUUCCGAUUGUUUGUAAACACAAAAACGCGAGAGUAAUCAUCGAAAUAUGUUAUCACUGGUCAGCGACAACGACCGUGUUUACUACAAUCGUCGCAUUUUGUUUAGUAUAUUUUGAGCACACGAGCGCCAACCUGGCUCAGUCUGGGCUGAGCGUUUGAACGGGUAGGGAGGAGUCAUGGACAUCAACAGCUUCCCAAAUGAGGUGCUCUGUCGAGUGUUUGACUUCCUGGUUUGGAGCGAUAGAAAGCGAGUUUCGUUGGUUUGUAGACGAUGGAACGGGAUCAUCAACUCGGACCGAUAUCUGCGCCAGGGCAAGCUGGUUCUGUACAACUACUCGAAGGUGCAGUUCUUUUCGGGUGUCGAGGUGGGUCUGUUGAAUACACAGCGUAACAUUGAGUUUCACUCGAGUGCAAUGCUCGACACGGAUGAACUGUUGAUGACGGUGGCGGAGGCUUUCCCCAGUGGUGAUGCUGUGGCGGAAUGCGUUGAUCUGUUUCUGAGAUCGGACCAUGAACAGCUGUUUAGUUCUGUGAUAAUGAGCUUGCCAAAUUUGCAUCAGCUGAAAAGUUUGAGCAUUCUAGCGAACGAAGGAUUUAAAACGUUCACCAAUGGAUUGGAGAUUAAAAACGACAAUGUGCAAAAGCUGAAGCUAACGUUCUACCAGAACACCAACUGUCGAUUGAUUACACCAAAGCUUACCACGUUGAAUCUAGUUAUAAGGUACCCGAGCGAUAUAACCCUACUCAAUGCGAUCAGUCAUCAACUGAAAGAUCUAACAGUCAACUUCCAAAGCAAAGAUCUGGUAGCUAAACUGUUCUUUUGUAACUUUGAGAAGCUGGAGAGACUUCAUCUGUCUAUUGCCAACGACAAAUAUCUACCGUACAUGGUGACCCCGUCCGCUGUAAGCAACUGGAACGAAAUCAAACAAUUCACCGAAACCAUCAAAACCCUCAAAAUCCUGGAAAUCGUCGACAAGUGCAACAUGCUACGCCACACCUACCUGAAAGUCUUCGUCUACGCAGAAUCCCUCACUCACCUAACCGUAAACUACAUCAUCCUCGACUCCACCAUCCUGGAGUUCAUCUCCAACUUUAAGAAACUGCAAUAUCUCAACCUCGUCGGAUGCUCCACCGUUGGUGAACCAGUCACCCUCGACCUCCCAAACCUGCGCGAGCUCCUAAUGCCGUACAAACACUACUCCACCCUUCCCUGUGUAAAUCUCUCCCACCUGACCACCCUAUCCUACAGCAGUUCCCAGAAGAACCACGCCCAGUUCGUGCAGCAAAUAACCAAAACGUUCACCAACCUCAAAACUCUCAAGCUGCUCAACUUUGACUACGAACUGUCGCCGACUUGCUUCCAAUUCUUGGACCAACUCAAACACCUGGAAUCACUCACCAUCAGCGACAUGUCGGUCUCGAACCAACUCUUCACCAACUGUCCAACUCUGCUGACGCUGCAAAAGUUAAAGCUGUGGACGGUUGUUACGGAAAUCUCUCUGCUGGAACACCUCUCGAACAAAUUGCCCAACUUGUACAAGCUGAACAUUGACAACUGUUUCUUUUACAUUGUGAGUGAUUCGACGAGUCAGCUAACGUUCAACGAGUUGAGGAGGCGGCUGCCGCGCUGUAGGAUUUCCACCAUUGAUACGACCGUGUUUACCAACGAGCAGUACGAUCAGAAUCCGAUCUAUAUUCCGGGGUAGAGAGUUUGUGGUGGAGUGAGACAAGGUUCGCGAAAUAAUAGGUGCUAAAUUUAUUUUAGAGGGUUUUAACACGGUUAACUUUAGAGACUAUAAGAUUAAUAAUACUGCGUUUGUGAUAGAAUACAAUAAAGUUCUUUGAGUCCGUAAAAAAA